AUGGAAGGAAAACAGAAGACAGACGUGGUGCGGAAGAAAGGGCGUCCCCGGAAAUUUGAAACCCAACAAGCACGAGAUAGGCGCCGUGAGCAACUACGCGUGGCACAGCAAGCUUAUCGCACGCGAAAAGAGAACACCAUUGGCGACCUUCAGGAUCGUGUCCACGAGCUUGAGGCUGGCAUUGAGCAGCUCAGCCAGUCCUUUCUCACCUUCAGUGAUCUCCUUUUGGAAACUGGUCUCCUUGGAAAGCAUUCACAUGUCACGACAGCGCUCCGAAAAAUAACCCAGCAACACCUUUCGCUUGCUCAAACUGGGUGCGCGAGCCCUCAUGAAGGGGCUCUCGACAAGGCUGUUGGCGCCACUUCAUCCACUGCCUCUGACAAGGAUGAAAGGUGCAGCAGUCCCACAAGGGUGCCAUCAAAUGAAAGGAGUCCCAACCUACUAUCAUCAACCCCGAUAGGAUGGGCUGAGCUGCCACCCUUGUACGCACAAUCAUCCCUCUAUCAAUCCCAACCGACGCCCCCGAAGGAGUCACCAAUUCUGCUAUCAUCAUUACCAGGUCACUCCCCUGCCAUUUCUCCCAAUAGCCCGAUCAAGGCAGAGCAGUGGACCUUCUCACAGUAUCUGGUAAAAGUAUGCUGUCAGAAUGGGUAUCAGCUCCUUGUCAACACUCCGAACGACUUCGUGAAGAUUCAAGAAGUUUUUGGGUCAUCCAUGGCUCCAACCGAGCGCGAUAAUUUCAUUUCCUGUUUCCAUGCUGGAAUACAUGACAAAACUGGAGGCCUCAUUGAUCUCAUGGCCACUGUGCUUGCCCCGUUGCAUACCAUGAGAGAUAAUUAUGCCUCCGAAGCGCUCGCGACCCAGACUGAGGAAUUAUCAUCGGCUGUUGCAUCCCAGGCGGGUGAAUGGCUAGAUGCCAGUGGUGUACAGAAAUUGCUCAGCGAGAGGGGAUUUUGCCAGGACUAUGGUCGCCCAUCAUCUCGCUCAAGUCUUAUUUCGUCGCUUCACGUUGCGGCCCUUGUUCAGUACCUCGCCACUGAGUGCAUUUGCUUCGGACAUGGUCCGGCGUUCCGACGCCAAACUGUUGAGGCUGCAAUGCGCCUCGCAGGAAUCCUAUGA